ACCAAGCCCAGCUCCGAGUGGUAUUUCCGUGAAUUGCUUGUUCAUCCUCCUCUGUUCCAAAUUUCUCUCUUCUUCGAUUCACUUUGGAUCUCUCACUUCUCUUCCGAGACGAAGAGAGACAGAGAGAAGUUAACAGAGAGAUGACGUUGUUUCACUUCUUCAACUGCGCGAUUCUCACCUUCGGCCCCCACGCCGUCUAUUACUCCGCCACUCCUUUGUCCGAGUAUGACACGCUCGGUACUUCUAUUAAAGCUGCUCUUGUUUAUCUCGGAACUGCUCUAGUUAAGCUGGUUUGCUUGGCAACGUUUCUUAAGGUGUCCGAGAAUGAUAGCUUUGAUCCGUAUCAGGAACUACUGAAAGCACUGAUUGGAUUUAUAGAUGUUGCUGGGCUUUACUUUGCCUUGACCCAGUUGACUCACAGGAACAUAUCUCAAAAUCAUAAAUUUCAAGCUGUUGGACUUGGGUGGGCUUUUGCUGAUUCUGUUUUACAUAAACUGGCACCUCUUUGGGUGGGAGCUAGAGGACUAGAAUUCACAUGGGAUUUCAUUCUGCAAGGCCUUGAAGCAAAUGCAAACCUGGUGUUGAGUAUAUCCCUUGCUGCUUUGGGAUCUCUGAUGUGGCUUCGGAAAACUAAGCCCAAGACUUUGAUUCCCAUCAUAUACGCAUGCGCAGGAAUUGUGGCCACCAUGCCAUCCAUUACAAGCUACUUGAGAAGAGGAUUGGGGUGGCAUUUUCCAAAGGUUGUAGGCUUUGAACUGUUCACAUCUCUUGUGAUGGCUUUUAUUAGCUGGCAACUCUUUUCUGCAUGUCAGAGACCCUCUUCUUGAGGAAAUCCAGUAUGUUUUCCAACAGCAGAUAGUUGGCUGAAGAAAAGCUCUUGAAGCAUAUUGAAGGAAUUCCUUGAUCAUAUUACUGUCAAUUAUCACUGCCAAUUUUUGCCCCGGGAGGUUGUGGUGUUGCUUUUAAAUUGCAGUGUCUUCUAUAUUAACCUCUAGGAAUUACUGAGAAACAAUUGACUUCCACUGUGACUCCGUUUUUUGCAAUCGCAGAAAAAAAUUAGCAGCGUUUUUUUA